AUGUAGGUCGCUUAUAAUGUAUUAUUUAGCAUUGAGAACCGCAAGUAUAGUAUUAAUUUGCUGCAUAGUCCGAGUUACUAACCUACCAUUUAAGGAUAACAGUCGAGAAGUAGAAGUUGAAAGAACUUCAAGAGACCAAAAGGACUCCAGGGAGUCAGGAGAACCCAGAGGACCUAGAGAACCUAGAGAUAACAAGGAAAGUAGGGACACUCGGGAAUCUAGGGAUCAAAGAGAUGAUGAUAGAGAAAGAGAUAGGGACGAUAGAGAAGAACCAGAAGAAGAAAGAAACAAUAAAGAACGGAUGGAUUCCAAAGAAGUUAGAGAACCAAAAGAAAUCAAAGCAUCAAGAGACUCUAGAAAUGCAAAAGAACACAAAAACUUAAAAGAGAAAAAAAAGAUGGCAUCACCUGAUGCAGAUGAAUUUCUCGAAAAAAUAUUGAAAUCAGAUAAAAUAAAACAAAUAGCUGACUUGAUAGCUGAAAAAGCAGCCGAUAAAAUUCUGAAGGAAUCAAAAACGCUCGACAUUUUCCGAUCUAACAGCAAUAAAAAAGAAAAAGAGGUCGUAAAAGAGACUUCUGAGAAAUAUAAACACGCUGACGAAUUUGUUGACGAUGAAGGAUUAAAAAAAGAUAAGAUUCCUAAAAUAGAUGCAAAAGCAGCGAUGAAAAAAGUUCCUAAAUUUCCUGAUACUGAUGUAAGUUUGAGUUACAAACAUUUUAUUGCAGACAGUGUUGUUAAUAAGGAAUCUAGUAGCAAUAUUAGGCAUGGUCCAGAAAAACUCGAUGAAGCCAGAGAUAGUACCCAAGAAAAUAAUGACAAACAUGAUAAGAAAAGUGAUAACAAAUCUAAGAUCAGCGAGAGUGGUGAGAUUGAAAGUGGUGAGAACAAACGUCGUAAAAAAUAUCGACACCACUCAGACUCUGAGCAUCGAAGUGGAAAAAAGAAAGUGAUGAAGAAACGCACUGUUAAUGACGAAGAGUCUGUUGAAUCUGUUGAGUCAGUUACCGCAAAAGAAACAGAAGUCGCUGAUAAUUCCAAGGAAGAACCAGAUAGGUUAAUCAGUAAACAUUCCAAAGUUGUAAAGCCAAAUGAACUCGAAGAAAGUUCGAGAAUAGGUCAAAGAGCAUCAAAAUCUUUUAAUAAUAAUGAUACAGAGUCUGAUACAUCAGACAGUGAAAGCAAUAAAGUACCAAUAGCUGAUGCACAUACCCGGGAUUUGCCUAGCAGGACAAUGAUUAAGAAUGAGAACGGAAAACUGUACGCAUUUGCCCCAUCAGAGGAUUACGAAGAUUACCAUGAAAAACUAUCGUCGCUACUUAAAUCCGUUCAAGAUAAGACAAAAAGUAAGCUAGAAAAACAACCUAAUCAUAAAAAAACAUAAGUGUUUUAAUGAUUGAUUUAAUUACAAAUAAUUAAUGUGCAGGGUUAUACGUAAGCGCAAUUAGUAUUUUAUGAUUUCGUAUGUCAUAAAUAAAUAGCUUUCAUUUCCUUGUAAAUGUAAUCAUACUGGAUGCUCGGUUUGUAGUUUGAAUGAAAGAAUUCAAUCGCCCAAAACCAAUCAAUAGAAUUGUCAAAACUGAUCAUCAAAAAGGCUGCAGAAUUAUCUGUCAGAGGAUUCUGCCUAAAUUGUACAACUUCUCAAAUGUCCUAUGUAGCAUGCUGACAUGACCCUAUUUUUUUAUAAUAUUUAAACCAACUUACCAUUACCAAUUUUUCUUAGUGUUUAACAAAUGGAGUAAUUUCUAAGUUUAUUGAAUAAAACA